AUGACGCAGACCCCCACCCCGACGGCGCCCACGCCGGCGGAGGCGGGGCUGCCCGACGCCAUCGCGGCCGCGCUGCCGCCGGACCCGUACGAGCAGCUGGAGGUGGCACGCAAGAUCACGGCGGUGGCCGUCGCGGCCCGGGCGUCCCGCCUCGAGCUGGAGGCCGCGCGCCUCCGCCAGAAGCUGGCCGACAAGGACCGCCUCGCCGCGGAGCUCGCCGACAGAGCCGCCGCGCUCGAGCAGGCGCUCCGCGACUCCGACGCCCGCCUCCGCGCCGUCCUCGACGACAAUGCCAAGCUUGCCAAGGAGAGGGACUCACUCGCGCACACGUCCAAGAAGCUGGCCAGGGACCUUGCCAAGCUGGAAACCUUCAAGAGACACCUAAUGCAGUCAUUGGGUGAUGAUAAUCCCCCGAUUCAGGAGACAGUGGACAUCAGAACCUGCGAGCAAUCAGUAGCGAAAGCGAAUUCUUGGAAAGAUGGAGUGACACACGGCCAUCAUCAUCCUGUAUCCUCACUUGCUGAUGGAUCUACCGGAAUCGAAAGUGUAAACCAGGAAGUGGCGAGACCGUUCGAGCAGAAACUCGCGGUCACCCACAUCGCUCCACGGCUCACGUCUGAUCCGGCGGCCAAGACAAGAUCUGCCGCCACUUCCCCUCGAAGAUAUUCCACCGCCGUGUCGCCGAAGCUGGCGGCGGCCAGCGCCACUUCGCCUCGGUUAGAAGGCCACAUGGCCAUGCAACCAUGGCUGCCCUCGAGCAAGAUGUCCUCUGCAGCCAACUCGCCACCUCGUGGCCACUCGAUCUCAGGGCGCACAACAAGAGUUGAUGGUAAGGAGUUCUUUCGUCAGGCAAGGAGUCGUCUCUCCUACGAACAGUUCGCGGCUUUUCUUGCCAACAUCAAGGAGCUAAACGCUCACAGGCAAUCCCGAGAGGAGACUCUACAGAAAGCUGACGAGAUCUUCGGUUCAGAAAACAAGGAUCUGUUCAUGUCGUUUCAGAGCUUGCUUAGCCGUAGCCUAUCGUAGGCUGCUGUGUACCAGUUGUUACGGUUAAUCAUGGGCGUCAGACAACAGAUUGGUAUAUUGGUAAUAGUCUGGGACAGCGAUGUUCACUUGUAGUACAUAGACUUAGUAGUAAUGACCAUUUGGAGACUAGUAAUAACCAUUUGAUCGUGCCAAGAGCUGCUCCAGAAGUCCAGAUAGUUCCGUGCUUUUAUGGGUUUUGUUUCGGUUGAUCCAACUCACAUGGCAUGACAUCCAAACAGUACCAAACACUAUGACAGUGUUGAAUACUAGCCACAUUGAUGUGGGAUAGCUCGAGCUGGUUUGACCACAAUUAAAUGAAUGCA